UUGGAAUAGCUUCUCAAUUCCCUGUGGCCCUGAGGAGGUCUGGAAUGUUUCCUCAGAUCUCUGAGCUUACCUGGAAGUACCUCCAUGAGGACCUUCCUCUCUCCUCUCUUCCCCAGGGAUGGGAUUCAGGCCAGCUGUGCUCUUUGCCUCUGAUUGGCCAGUCUCCAUUCAAUCCUCUUCUUGCCCCUACCAGGAAAGCAUCAUUGGCUUUCAUGUCAUCGCUGAGACAGUCCUUUCACAUCAGCCAGUCCAACCCUCCCAGUUUGCAGAUGGGGAAACUGAGGCCAGGAGGGGCAGUGACUGACUCAAUGUCACACAGUGGUUUCCUGGGAGAGCCAGUCCUCGAAGACAGGCUCUUAUUUGGAGGACCUUCACUGCUCACCUGUGACUGACCUGUCUUCCCAGCAGGUAGUGGGGGAAUGAAGGGGGAACCCGCUCCAGAGUUGGGUUGUUGCCACAAGACUAAGCCCCUGGGGAGCACAGGAGACUCCCCAUCCCCCCACUCGGACUCCCAGCUCUGCCAAGGCGAUCAGGUCUUGCCAGGCUCCAGGCCACUUCCAGACACAGUGGAUGCCCAUGGCCCGUCCUGUGCCAGCUGGCUGUACCCCUUGUCACUGGCACUGGUCAGAUCUUCCCUGCUGGCCUGCCCUCAGGGCCCGGACGUAUACCUGUGCACCCUGAAGUCGGCGCCCCCGGGCACAGCCCCGCAGGGUCUCAGAGAGGAUGCCUCGAGCACAAGGCACCAGCCACCAAGGCGGCCUGCCGGCUCCUCCAAUGGCGAGAAACUCACAGCCAAGUACCCUCUGAGCAGGGACAAGAUGGGAAGCCAGCGGGAAAGAGCUGGCGAGGGGUCCCCCAGCCCAUCCUUCUUUCCUCACAACAGCUCUUUCCCAAACCCGUGGCAAGACAAAAAGAGCCCCAGCCCCUUGGCUUUCUGCUCCUGGCCCGCAUCCACCCCCAUUUCCAAAGAACUCCCAUCCCGCCUCUGCCCGUUCUAUCCUGUGUACCCACUUCUCCUGCCCUCACCUUACCUGGUCACCUGUGGGGGCCUACCUUCUGUGCAGUGUCCCCCUCUCUUCAUGCUGCCCCAGAACACCUCCUACACCACCAUGGCUGUGCCCACCUUGCUGAUGAAUGUCUAUGAGGCCGGGCACUCCAGCACCCAGGGGGAGACCCUGCACCCCUACGCAGGGGCCUCUCAAGCCUCUGGCCAAACCCAACCCUCCCAGGCCCAGAAUCCAGGCUCUGCAGCUGCCAGGACCGACUCCACAGGGCUGGAGCAUGCUGGCCGGGUGGUUCCAGCAAAGUCGGCCCCGCCGAGCUCCCAGGCGGGCUCUUCGGCACUGCCUUAUCCGCUGAAGAAAAAGAAUGGCAAAAUCCUGUACGAGUGCAACGUGUGCAGCAAGAACUUUGGGCAGCUCUCCAACCUCAAGGUCCAUCUGCGUGUGCACAGCGGGGAGCGCCCGUUCCAGUGUGCCCUGUGCCAGAAGAGCUUCACUCAGCUCGCCCACCUGCAGAAGCACCACCUGGUGCAUACUGGGAAGCGGCCCCACAAGUGCCCGAUGUGUCACAAACGCUUCAGCAGCUCCAGCAACCUGACUCACCUGCGCCUGCACUCAGGGGCCCGGCCCUUCCAGUGCAGUGUCUGCCCAAGUCGCUUCACACAGCACGUUCACCUGAAGCUGCACCAUCGGCUGCACGCACCACGGCCCUGCAGCCUUGCUCACACCCACCUGCCCCUGGCGUCUCUUGCCUGCCUUGCCCGAUGGCUCCAGGGGGCACUAGAUCUUGUGGUGGCCCCAUCAGAGAGGCAGAUAGACUGGGACGUGGACAAGGUCAAGGUGUCCUCAGCAUCGGGGAAAGCAAGGGCAGCCAGCCUGAGCAGUGGUGCCAGGACUGCCCUGGGGAGGGGGCAGGGGCAGAGCAAUUAAAGGAUUUUCUCUAUGAUGAGUUGAGGCCUCCUGAGCUUCAAUAGUGGAGGGGGAGGUCACCAUGUAUUUGCUAGACUUCACACCCCACUCCACCUGGCAGUUCAGGGAACACAGCCAGGAAGAGACUAUGCUGCCCACCGCGUGGGGUGGGUGCCUGCAGCCAUCUACUCUGGCUGGGUUUGAGUUCCACUCUGUUUGGGACCUAUCUGGGACCAGCCCCACCAUCUCAGCUCGCCGAUGGACAGUCCAGCCUUCCAGGUCGCUGCAAGGUGCAGACCGUGCUGCCAAGCACAGGACACACUGCCCUCUUUUCUGAACAGAUGUUUCAGCACCUGCCCAGAUGCCUGUCUGCUGCUUGCCGCAACAUUCUUGUCUCACAGUUCCUACGUGCUCCCUCAGCUGGUACUCCCUGC